CGGCUGAAAGCAACUCCGUCGCCGGAAUUUGUCGCCGGAUUUCACAAAGUCGCUAUAUCGUCGAUAUAAGGUCGAUAUGUACCUUGUAAAGACUGUUGGGCUUAAAAAAUGGCCCAAAUGGUGAUCUGAUUGGCUGGAGUGUCGCUUCACAACUUCAUCGCUUCGCCGCUUAAAGCUCGCUUCACGUAAUGUAACGCUUCAGACCCAAAAAAAGCGUUUUUUCCAGCGCUUCACGCUCGCUUUAAGCGCGCUUUUUUAACCACAAGGUUAAACCAUUUCUGAGUCUAACCCGGUACGAUUUAAAAACCAGUUUUUUAAACAUUGCUCUUUUUUUAUCUGAUGGAGAUGGGCAUUAGUUUUUCAUACUUAUUUUGUAUAUACUUUUAGAAAGAUUAGAUGGAGAAUAGUAAGAUUGGGCUGGUGAGUCACAUGGGAACCUUAACCCAAUGUGGGCACUAUGUUGCAUAUAUGUACAAAAGAAGGAAGUGGGUGAUUUUCAAUGAGGAUAAAGUGGGUGGUGUUUGGCCUGCAAGUUUCCAACUGAUUUCUUAAGAUUAUUUAUCAAAGAAAGAUCAAACUGGUACUUUUGUUUAAUGACUCGGAGUCUACAUUAUGAGUUUCUGUGGCAGUGUGAGUGGAUUCUUUUAUCCGUUAUUAAUGAUAUGAGGUUUCAGGGGUUUCUUCCUUCUGUAAUGUCCAUUGUUAGCCAGGAGAUUGAGCCGGAUAAUGCAUUGGAUUACCGAAAUCAGCUUAUGAAUAUUCUUAACAUCAGUGAGGUACGGGAUGUACUAGGAGAUGGCCGUCUAAUAAAACGCCACAUAAGAGACGGCAAAGCUGGGGUUAUUUCAGGUUAUCUACUUUUAAGAUUCCCAUCCGAAUGAAUAGUCAAGGUCUUGGCUUCUUAUUACAUUCCUUGGUAGGUGGCUUUUUGUUCUUGCUAAAAAGGAAGCCCUUUUUUGGAUCAAUGAUCAGGAAUUCUUAUAUAAACCUAAUUCCAUAAAAGAUGUAAACUUUGACUUUUUAGUCAAACCCAACAUUCGUAUCAAAGUGUCGAUCAAAUUUUGUUGAAGCCACAAAAUUACAACGUUACUAAUAAUGAAAUGAUCCUAAAUUACCAAGUCAAUAUAACCCAUUGUUGGUUUUGGUAUCGGUUCAGAGGUGUUGAAUGAAUCUAAAGGGAUUGGCAAGCUUAUAAAUUCAUAUAUUUGUUGGAUAGAUACGAAAACAUGUAAUGGAAGGCUAAUAGCUAUGGACUUUCAUGUGUAAAUUCUGUUGUAUAUUAUGAUGAAUUCAAGAUAUUCUAUCAACUUUC